AUGAAUCAGGCGUUGAUGAACCGCUCACUCUCCAACUCGAUUGGAAGCGAAAUCAGCUGUCAGGCGAGCGUGAUUCGAGUGCUUCCAUCCGAACUCCAGGCGUUGGAACACGUCGUGCAGCAGAUUCAAGAGUUUUCCAUGACGAUGGAGGAGGCGAUCAUGGAGGCCGUGAGGACGGGGGAUGUACAGUGGCUGGAGAAACUCAUGGAAGACGACUGCUAUAACGUAUGCGACGCUGCUGUGGUUGGUGCCAAGAAUGGCGACAUUGACGUAGUACGUUGUCUUCUGGAGUCGAUUUAUGACCCUGAAGAGCGAAACGAGGUUGCCUGGGAAGUUCUCCAGGCGGCUGCUGAACAUGGCCAUUGCGGGGUCAUCGAUUUGGCCUGCCCUGUUGAAAGGGUCGACUCCUAUACACAGCCUCUGGGAUCCCUUGCAAAGCAUAGGAGCGACGCGUUAUGUGCUGCCGUUGUCAACUGGCAUGCAGACGUGGUGGACCUGCUGCUGGACCCGUACGAGUAUCACUGGGAUAUCGGGAAAGCGCUCGACGAUGCCAUCCGUGUGGAGAACCAGCCAAUUGUGGUAAUGAUUUAUCGUGCGUACCCAGAGUUCGUAGAAAAAGAUGAAGAGGAACCUGACGCGCCGGCCAGCAUCCUUGGUGAUGCUGCUGAAGGGGGGCAGUUGAAUGCGGUGAAGUAUCUGCUGGAGCAUGGGCAUGACUCAAUUGAAGAAGAGAGUCGGGCGUUUAUACUAGCAGCGAAGGGUAAUCACCCCGAAGCAAUGGCGUUUUUUCGCGAUCGUGUACGGAUUUCGGUCGAGUCGUUGAAUAUGGCGUUUGAACGCGCCGCUUACUUUGGCUCAACGGAGGCGGUGAAGUUCUUACACGAGAAGUGA